UAAAUAUAAUGAAAUCAAUGAAACAGCAAUAUUAUUAAUUAAUUAAUUAUUAUUAUUAAAAUUAAGUGGAAUAUGCAAUAAAUCUUGAAUACUGUUUAAUAAUACGAAUAUUUCUUUAUUCUAUUAAAUAUAUGUUAUUAGAUUCGUCCAGUGUUGACGAAAUGGAUCGAAAACCAAGAAAAUAUAACGAGUGCCUUGAGUUAGAUCGAAAACGGUCUCAUUCUCGCCUCAGUUCAAGCCCGGAGCGCCGUAAAUUUAGAAAAAUUUCAGAGAGUCAUGCUAGUGACUUCAGUUUUACCGAUUAUAAGAGAAGUCUUAAUAAAAUUAUUCUUAAUAUACACGAUACCAACAUUGUUGCAAAUAAUCUUGACGACUUUUGGAAGUUUGUAAACAAAUAUGAAGCAACAUUGAAAAAAGCUGGUAAAGCAAUAACUUCAAGUUCUGAAUCAGAGAAUAUAUUAAAUGAUGAAGGAAUAUCUUUGACAUUUUCGAAGGCAAACAGUGUUAAUUUUUGUGCCAAUAUGAAAUUUACUUCAAUAUAUGACAAUAGGGAUAAAAUAAAGUUACAGGAGGGAAUGUUUAAAACAUUUGUGAACAUUAUAUCUUUUUAUCUAGAUUUUAAGAAUAAAGAGAAGUUUGAAAAACUUAGAACACUUAGAAAAUCUCAAAAAGAACUUCCUGUUGCCAAAUAUAGAGAUGAAAUUGUAUCUGCUGUACAAAAUGAAAAAGUAGUAAUUGUAGCUGGAGAUACUGGCUGUGGAAAGUCAACACAAGUACCACAAUAUCUCCAUGAGGCAGGAUUUGAGAAUAUUGCUUGCACACAACCCCGGAGGAUAGCUUGUAUAUCAUUAUCAAAACGAGUUGCUUUUGAAAUGCUUACACAGUUCGAGACAAAAGUUGGUUACCAAAUAAGAUUUGAAAAGAGCAAAACAGCUGACACAAAUAUAUGCUUUAUUACUGAAGGAUUAUUACUAAGGCAGAUGUCAGCUGAAAAUUUACCGAAUUAUGACGUCAUAAUAUUGGAUGAAAUUCACGAGAGGCAUUUGAUGGGCGACUUUUUACUAGGAGUGUUGAAAUGUCUGAUACAUACUAGGAAUGACAUAAAACUUGUGUUGAUGUCUGCUACUAUUAAUAUAAAGUUGUUCGAAGAUUACUUCGCUUCAGAGUCAGCUGUUGUAAUUCAGGUACCUGGUCGACUAUUUCCAAUUGAAUUACAUUACAAGCCAAUACUUAUCGAAGACAAACCAACACGAGAUGACAGAUUGGAUCCACAGCCAUAUAUACAGAUUAUGCAACUCAUUGAUAGUAAAUACCCAAGAGACGAGCGUGGAGAUGUUCUCAUAUUUAUGUCAGGCGUGCAAGAGAUUACAGCAAUCUGUGAUGCGGCGCAGCAGUACGCCGAGAAGAACAAGACCUGGAUUGUUCUGCCGCUGCAUAGUGGACUAUCGCUUGCAGAACAGGACAAGGUUUUCGAUUAUCCACCAGAGGGCAUCCGAAAGUGUAUCGUGUCAACAAAUAUUGCAGAGACUUCGGUGACCAUUGAUGGUAUACGAUUUGUUGUCGACUCUGGGAAGGUCAAAGAAAUGAGUUAUGACUCAUCAACUAAAAUGCAGCGAUUGAAGGAGUUCUGGAUCUCGAAAGCCAGCGCCGACCAGAGGAAAGGAAGAGCUGGCCGAACAGGUCCUGGUGUAUGCUAUCGAAUAUAUGCCGAGAAGCAGUACUCUGAUAUGGACGAUUUCGGCACUCCCGAAGUAUCUCGGGUUCCUCUGGCCUCUUUGUUGCUGCUCAUGAGUUCCCUGGGAGUGAAUGAUGUGAGAAGGUUUCCCUUCAUCGAUAAACCACCCGAAGAAGCAAUCGAAAAUGCCCUGUUGGAAUUGAAGCAGCAUGGGGCGCUCACGUCGAACGAGAAACUAACCCAGCUUGGUAAAUCUUUGGCUAACUUGCCUGUCGAAGUGUCGCUCGCUAAGGCACUAGUUGUAGGUGUUGCGACUCUACCGCCCCACAAGUUGGACUCGGCACUGGCACUCACGGCCGGACUGGGCAUUCGGUCCAUUUACACGACGCGUGCACAUCGAGACUUUGAAUGUGAAAAUGCAAGAAAACCCGAUGAAUCAGACCAUGGUGACCCAAUAACACUAGUGUCAUUGUACUGCGGGUGGCUCAAAGAGAAGUCACGUGGAGGCGGAAGGGCGUGGUGCAAACGACGAGGAGUGGAGGAACAGAGACUGUACGAGCUCACCAAGCUUGCGGCGCAGUUGAAGGCCUUGUUACAGGAUAAUAAUCUCAUGGAAGUCAUAGAAGCUGAGUCGAUGUCGUCUUCAGAGAGAGCCAUGCGACACGGACAGAUAAAACAAUUGAAGGACAUGAGAAGAAAGUGUAAACAGAAAGCCGACGAGGAAUCCAAACGUCGUAAGCGCCUGAAGGUGGACUCCUGGGAGAUCGUUGACGAUAAAGCUGAUGAUGAUGUGAUGGACAUUCGGGACAUUGAGUUCAGGCUGACGAACGACGCGAGCAGGAUCCAGGCCCUCAUCAGCGGUGCGAGUGCCAGCAGCGGCAGAGACUUGGUUAUGUUGAAGACUGUGCUGUGUCGCGCCCUCUACCCGCAAAUAGCCGUUGCUGAUGAGUUCAAUCAUUGUAAGUCUGUGUCCGAACAACUGUACCAUACUUGGAGUAAGCCUUUUGUGUUCCUGCACCCGACAUCAAUCUUCGGGAAACAACCCCGCACCCUCCAGCUAACCGACGGGGACAUCCAGACAGACGCGCCCCUUGGCUACAAGAGCAGACUUGCUCUAUCCUCAAAGCAUCAGAUACUGUGCUACUUAUCACUUUUGGAGACAACAAAACCUUAUAUAGUGAACUCAAUGAGGAUGCCUGCCGCACAGACUUUGUUAUUGUUGGCUCACGCUAUCGAUACCAACAUGGCAUUCACAAGAAUAAUAUGUGAUUCAUGGCUGUUGUUGGAGUUUCCAUACCCGGACUCCGGUUUGAGUUUACUGCUGAAAGCUGCUAGAAUUAGACAGCGAUGGGACGCCUUAAUCAAUAGAAGACUAUCUGACGCGAACCCAAAUAAAUCAGUUGAAAAUGAACUGCAGAAGAAAUUCAAAAUGCCCUACGAUGAAACUCAAUAUGAACUGGCGAAAGAUGUCAGUAGCUAUAUGUCUAGUCAUGUGUAUUACACUAUUAAGCGCCUACUGCCCGCUGACCUAAAGACUUUGUAUCAGGGCGCUAGUGAGCAUCCGGAGAUAGACCCCAAUCCGUUCGAAGAAGGAUUUCAGGGGAGACCGCACGAGAAAAAGGGGGGAGUGUAUGUUACUGAUAAUAUCGUUUAUAAUUGCGUAGUGGACACUGAUUGGAGCUACAAUAGUUACCAAGAAACUUACUCAAUACCGUGGGUAUGUACAAAUUGCGAAGUAUCCUUAUGUCUGUCGCCAUUAGAGCGGAUUCAGCACAGCAACUUUACAUGCACUUCUAGAAGUGUCAAGAAGGAAGAGGAGAAACCACCGCCAAGGCAAACCAAACCCAAUGCAAAGGAGUUUAAGUGCGAUAGUUGUAAUGAGAUUUUAUAUUUGACGCCUGUUGAAAUAUUGCGGCAUAGGAAGAGUUGUAAAUAAAUGUUUUGUUAUUAA